CAGAAGUGCAUUUAGCUCAGCGGCAAUGGGACAUCAGUACCUGUCGUUCAGCUCCGCAGCGAAGUUUCGAUGCUUACAGUCCGCCCACCACGAAGAAGAAGUGGCAAAAACCAACGAAAACGCAGCAAAAACCAACAAAGAAGAACGCGCACAAAGACGUGCUUGUGCCCAACGGUGGUAGCGGCGAACAAAAGUGCGUUUUAACUUUGUUAAAAUGAAUGACCAGUCGCCACAGUGCAACACUUGGAAUAAGAUUAUAUUGUGCAAAAGGAGGCUUUCACGACGUGUAGCGCCUGACAUACUCCGAGCCUCAGCCUACACCGCGCGGAGCUUCAAUGAAGUCCACUCUCAGUCAAUUGGGUUGGCAUGAGAGCAGGUGUAACCCUCCCGGAGAGGGUAAAAAUAGUGGAGGUGGGACCCAGAGAUGGCCUUCAGAAUGAAAAGGCUAUCGUUCCAACAGAAACCAAAAUCCAUUUGAUUGACAUGCUGUCAGAGUCAGGUCUGUCAGUAGUAGAAGCCACCAGCUUUGUAUCACCCAAGUGGGUUCCACAAAUGGCGGACCAGGUGGAGGUGAUGAAGGGGAUCUGUAGGAAACCUGGGGUGUCUUACCCGGUCCUCACUCCCAACCUUAAGGGCUUCCAGGCUGCUGUGAAGGCUGGAGCCUCCGAGGUCGCCAUAUUUGGUGCUGCGUCCGAACUGUUCAGUAAUAAGAAUAUAAACUGCUCAGUGGACGAAAGUUUACGCCGCUUUGACGAGGUCGUGAAAGCAGCGAAAGAGGUUGGCGUGCCAGUAAGAGGCUAUGUGUCUUGUGUUCUUGGCUGCCCAUACGAAGGCAAGGUUCACCCUGAAAAAGUUGCACAUGUAGCAAAGUGUCUGUACUCCAUGGGCUGCUAUGAGAUUUCCCUUGGCGACACUACUGGGGUGGGCACUCCAGGCAGCAUGCAGGAAAUGCUGAUAGCGGUGAGCCGCGAGGUGCCAAUCAACGCCCUGGCGGUGCACUGUCACGACACGUACGGGCAGGCCCUCGCUAAUAUCCUCGUAGCCUUGCAGAUGGGAGUGAGUGUGGUGGACUCUUCUGUUGCUGGGCUGGGCGGUUGCCCCUAUGCACAAGGUGCUUCUGGGAAUGUUGCGACAGAAGAUGUUGUCUACAUGCUUCAUGGACUUGGGAUUCAAACUGGAGUGGACCUCACCAAGCUGAUGGAUGCAGGAGCUUUCAUUUGUCGAAGUCUCAACAAGAAAACUGGUUCUAAAGUGGCACAGGCAGCCUGCAAACUGUAGGAAAGAAUUCAGUUCUGAGGACUUCCCCACUCUGCACUUUCAUCAGCACACAUAAACCCAAAACCAUCAAGUGUUCUCUUGCUCACUCUCAAAUGUUUGUCUGAUACGUCAUCUACCAGUCAUGAGAAUAGGUUGUAUAAUGCUGAUGUGUAAGAAAUUAUCAUCUGUUUCAUUAAAUUCUCACUGUAUGAUAGUGUAGCUCCAACAGUGCCUUGAAUAGAGCCAGUCUAGUUAUACUAACUAUCGAACGAAGCAGUACCUUCCUCCUUUGUUGUAUUUUCAAUGGUACUAUUUUGACUUUAUUCACAGUUACAUCCAAUCGUCGAGUAAAAAUGUGUGAUGGAUCAGCUAACUGUUUAUGAAAUGUUUUGAAUUUCUGAAUUUCUAUUAUUUCAGCUGGCUUUUGAAAUAAAUCUGAAAUUUUGAG